AAUGAGUAAAUUGAUUUAUUUUUUGGUGAAAAAAAAAAAUUGAGCGUGGCGCCAUCUUUGGUAUUUUUGAAAAAAUACCUGGUGCAGAUUUAAAAAUGACAGUUUUUACUUCUUUAUCAUAUAAAUUAUUUUUAAAUGUCAAAUAAAUUUGAAUAAAAUAAAUAAUUAAUUAUUUAAUUAAGUUGGUAAUCAUUAAAAGUUCAUCAGUGAUUGGGUACGCGAAUAAUUAAUUGGUUCAGUUAAAAAAAAUUUUGUAAAUAAUAAUUAAGAGUUUGAGAUGAUGGUGAAAAAUUUAGUCAGUUUGCUGAUAGGAAGCUCCAGUUUUUUUUAUACAUUUUAUGUUAUUUAUUGUUUAAUAUAUUUUACUUCCGGUCAUAAUGAAAAUCACAAGGCUAUUCAAACUACAGAAGAUGAGUUGCUCAUGACAAUCAUCAGGAAACUUUUGAUGAAUCUUUAUCUGUUGUUUGUAUUCAUGAUCCAGCAUUCUGUGAUGGCCAGUAAAUUCAUCAAGAGUUUUUAUAAAAAAUUAUUUAUACCAGAAUACGAGAGAAGUCUUUACAAUGCAUUGAGUUCAUUGUCUCUGGAUUAUUUGAUAAGAAACUGGGAACCUGUGCCUUGGAUCGCGCUGUGGGAAGUUGAUACAGCUUCGAAUAAUUACUUGUGGAUUUUAUUUUCUGCUUUACAUUUAUUUGGAUGGUCCGUAAUAUUCAGUGGGUGUUGCGUGUUGGAUGUUACCGAGUUGUUGGGAUUAAAACAAAUUUACUGCAAAUUAAUUAAUCAACCUGGUGGGUUGGCUGUAAAGUCUAAAGAGUACCAAAGAUAUUUGGAUCAUAUGAGACAUCCUAGUUUCGUUGGUUUUAUGAUCAUCUUUUGGAUUCAUCCCUAUAUGACCAUCGAUCGGUUUCUACUGUCAUCUAUCAUGGCAAUUUAUAUGUUGAUGAUGUGGAAAAUAGAUGAAAAUGAUUAUUAUUAUGCGAGUAAUGUUUAUUACAAAGAGGAACAAUUAUUAAAGUUCCAAUAAAUUAUAAAUUUAUCUACGUAUGCACUUGUACCUGCUAAUUUAAAGAAUUUAUAGAUAGGAAUCUAAUUGAUGGUGUUAAUUAAUAAUUAAAAUAAUGUGUUCAUUUAAAGUUAAUAAAGUUUUUUUUAUU